UUUUGAAAGAAUGUGCGUUUUGUUUGGUAAAUCUGAAAACAAUAAAGAAUUAUUAUAAGUUUGUUAAUAUGAAUCAAACUAUAAACGUAGAUCAACUUAACUCAGCAUUAACUUCGCUGAGAACUCUUCGUUCGAGCGUUAGUCAUGUAUUUGAAACAUUAUCAAAUGGACUGAGAGCCGAUCACGGCGAAGACGGCAAAGACAAGUUUUUGGUAGAACUUCAAGAACUUUUAAGUAAUGUAAAUAUAAAUUUACGAGAUUUAGAACAAACUGUUAAUGGGCUACCAAUACCUACUGCACCGUUCAACCUGGGAAACACGACAUUUUUGAGUCAGGAAACAACACAAGAUCGACAAGCAUUAUACACUCAAUUAGUAAACAGUUACAAAUGGACGGACAAAAUUCAUGAAUACAGUUCCUUCGCGCAUACACUGCUGAGUCAGAAUUCCUUAAAACGAUCGUACAUUAACUCUGGAAGCACCAAACGUCGCGGUAAAUUGCAAAGUAACCACAACGUAGCCCCGCUACAAGUAGACAAUGUAAUAAAUAACAUAGAUAGAUCCUACAACGAUAUGAAAAUCACAAUUUCACGCCCAUUUGCAAGCAAUGCUGUCGUCCAGAUAAAUUUAAGCCAUGUUCUAAAAGCUGUUGUUGCUUUCAAAAGCUUGCUAAUGGAAUGGGUGAUGGUGAAAGGUUACGGCGAGACUCUUGAUUUGUGGACGGAGUCCAGACACCAUGUUUUCCGAAAAGUUACUGAAAAUGCUCAUGCUGCCAUGUUACACUUUUAUUCACCAACUUUGCCUGAGCUCGCAGUCCGAUCAUUUAUGACUUGGCUCCACAGUUACGUAAACCUUUUCAGUGAGCCAUGUAAACGAUGUGGAUGUCAUCUACAUCAUACUUCCAUGUUACCCCCAGCCUGGCGUGACUUCCGCACGCUUGAACCCUUUCAUGACGAGUGCAAACAAUAGUUAAUGUGGUAUUGAAGUGGAAAGCUUGGAGCACUGGUAUGAUACUUGUGUUGCAGCUUUCUCCUUCAAUAUCUCAAGUUGCAAUGAACACUUACUGUGAGUUGUGUUAUAUAAAAAAACAAGGACUAAAAAUAAUUUGAACUUCAAAAUCUUUAAUAAGUUUUGAGUAAAAUUAACUGUCUAAGUAAUGUGUAAUACAAUGUUAUAUACUCUCAUAUUUGGUGUAUAAUUAUUAGGACUAUAGAUAGUAUUGUACAAUUUCACCAUACUAUAAUCAUGAAAAUAAAUGUUUAAGCUUAAUUAACAUAAUGGACUAUGUAAAGACAUUUCUUUUAACCUGUGUUGCAAUUGUAUCUAUAUAGUGAUCUUUUCUCUUAAAUAUACAAAAACUGAUGAGCAAAUAGUUUACCACUGCCAAAGACGCUUGUGCUGUAAGAAAUAUUAACCAUUCCUUACAUAGCCAAUGUACCACCAACCUCAGGAGCUAAGAUGUUAUGUCCCUCGUAAAAGCAGUAACACUAGCUCACAGAUCCUUCAAACCAGAAUAAAUCAAUAAGCCAUUUGGCAGUAGAAUAUUUGAUGAAGGAAAGGAAGAUGAAGUAAAAUGAUAAAAGGGUGUAAAUAAAACUACAUCUUUUAUCUAUUAUAUAGAAAUAACUAUCUUAAAUAAAUAUAAAAACAUUGACUAUGUAAAGGGCUGACACAUUGCAAUAGUAUGAUCAACACUACAAUCCACUGACAACACAUGAGCACCAAUACUUAUUUUGAGAGGAAAAUGUUGAU